CCAGUCCUCUUUUCUCCACGCCUUUUGUGCCCUUAGAUAUGCAAAGUCCCUCUCCCACUUACUCUCUCUCUCUCUCCCCUUUACUCUCCCUCGCUGUACAAUCCCUCUCUUUCUCUCUCUAAAUGUCUCUCCCGCCGCAUGGCCUGCCGCCGGAAAAUCACUCCCGGCUCAGUCCAAAUUAGUCGCCGGAGCCGUCAUCUCCGAACUUGAAGCCGACUAACCAGUCAAGGCCACCCCGAAAUUUUUGCUUUCUGUUGCGAAAAACAUCCACAAUGGCUGUACUUUUCAGAAAUGGGUUUGUUAUUCUCUUCUUGGUGGUGGUGGUGCUGAGUUACCGAGCCGAUUCGGAGCCGACUCAGGACAGGCAAGUCCUCCUCACUUUCCUCUCCGAGAUUCACCACGAGAAUCGCCUGCAAUGGAACGUCUCUGACUCCGCCUGCAACUGGGUCGGCGUCGAGUGCGACGCGAAUCGCUCGUUCGUCUACUCGCUUCGGCUUCCCGGCGUUGGGCUCGUAGGUCGGAUCCCGGAGAACUCGAUCGGGAAGCUGACCCAACUCCGAGUCCUUAGUCUCCGUUCCAACCGUCUUUUUGGCGAGAUUCCGGCCGACUUCUCCAACCUGAAGCUCCUCCGGAGCCUCUAUCUCCAGGACAACGAGUUAUCGGGCGAGUUCCCUCCGAGUGUCCCCGAGUUGACUCGGCUGACUCGGCUAGAUCUCUCCAGCAACAACUUCACUGGACCGAUUCCGUUCGCCGUCAACAAUCUCACUCACUUGUCCGGACUUUUCUUGGAGAACAAUAGGUUCUCCGAUAACCUCCCGAGCAUCAGCCAAACGAGCUUGGUCGACUUCAAUGUAUCUAACAACCGUCUCAACGGCUCAAUUCCUAAAACGCUUUCCAAAUUCCCGGCGUCGGCGUUCGCCGGAAACCACGAUCUCUGCGGCGGCCCGCUCUCGCCGUGCUCCCCAUUCUUCCCCACGCCGGCGCCAUCCCCAUCUUCAACCCCCAAAACCCCAUCCAAGAAGAAGUCUAAAAAACUCUCCACCGCCGCCAUUAUCGCCAUCGCCGUCGGCUCGGCCGUCAUCUUCCUUCUCCUUCUCCUCCUCCUUCUCUGCCUCAUGAAGAAGAAACAGCGCCGCCGGGCCCCAAAGACCCCGAAGACCCCCGCGGCGGUGGCAGGGGCUGCGCGGUCCGCUGCCGGGGAGGCCGGAACGUCGUCGUCGAAGGACGACGUGACCGGCGCGUCGGCCGAGGGGGAGAGGAACAAGCUGAUUUUCUUGGACGCCGGGAUUUACAGCUUCGAUUUGGAGGAUCUGCUGCGGGCGUCGGCGGAGGUGCUCGGGAAAGGCAGCGUGGGGACGUCGUACAAGGCGGUGCUAGAGGAGGGGACAACGGUGGUGGUGAAGCGCCUGAAAGACGUGGCCGUGAGCAAGAAGGAAUUCGAAUUGCAAAUGGAGGUUCUGGGCAAAAUCAAGCACGACAAUGUCGUCCCUCUCCGAGCUUACUACUAUUCCAAGGACGAGAAGCUUCUGGUCUACGAUUACAUGCCUUCUGGGAGCUUAUCCGCUCUUCUCCACGGGAGCAGAGGCUCGGGACGGACGCCGCUGGAUUGGGACAACCGGAUGAGAAUAGCGUUGAGCACAGCCAGAGGAUUGGCACACCUACACUUGUCGGGAAAAAUAGUUCACGGCAACAUCAAGGCCUCCAACGUCCUCCUCCGGCAGGACCACGACGGCGCCGUGGCGGACUUCGGCCUCAACUCGCUCUUCGGCGCCCCCACGUCGCCAGUCCGUGUCGCCGGCUACCGCGCACCGGAGGCGCUUGAGAUUCGGAAGGUCACAUUCAAGUCGGACGUGUAUAGUUUCGGCGUUCUGCUUCUCGAGCUCUUGACCGGAAAGGCGCCGAAUCAGGCGUCGCUGGGAGAGGAGGGCAUAGAUCUACCGCGGUGGGUGCAAUCGGUGGUCCGGGAGGAAUGGACGGCGGAGGUUUUCGACGUGGAGCUGAUGAGGUACCACAACAUCGAGGAAGAGAUGGUUCAACUGUUGCAGAUCGCCAUGGCUUGUGUUUCCACCGUACCAGAUCAACGGCCGUCGAUGCCGGAGGUGGUGCGGAUGAUGGAGGAAAUCAACCGGGGAGAAACGGACGACGGACUACGACCGUCGUCCGAUGAUCCAUCGAAGGGAUCGGACGGCCAGACUCCGCCGCAGGAGUCGAGGACAGUCACACCGUAACUCCUUUCCCCCCUAAAAUUCAGGAAAUGAGAAGAAAUAAAAAAAAAAAAAAUGGGCAUCCAUGUUGCUAAGAUGCGCACAGUGCGUAAAUAAGUGGGAGUGGCUGCGCUGGUGAUUAAUGGGGGGGAUAAGGAGAUGUGGGUACCCAAUUAUGGUUUUUUUUUUUAAUUAUUUUAUUUUGGAAAUUCUUAAAAAACUGUGCAAUGAUUUUUUUUUCUAUUUUAAUUUUUUUUUGAAGCGGGGGGGAAAGAGUUCCAUGCAGUGAUUUGGAAUUGAGCAUUUGGUGGGCCUUUUAGUCGUUUGUUUAUUUAAUUCUUUUCUUUUCUCAUUGUUGUUAUUAUUAAUGUUUUAAUUGUUAGUGAGAAAGAAGAGAUUCACAUCC